AUAUUGAUAAGAUAAAGUAUAAAAUAAUAUUUCAUCACUUAAAAUAAUUUUAAUAGGUAUAUAGGAAUGUGGUUUUUAAAAUGAAGAGGUAAAAUAUAAUUAUUUAUUCAGUUGAUGGAUUAUAAAGACAACAUAAUGCGUAGAGCUCACGGAGGAAACUAUUAUGACCCAUUGCCUUCAAAUGGUUCAUUUGGGAAUGAGUUCAUUGAAACUGAAAAUGAUGAUUUAACAGAACAGUUGAAAGAUAAAGUAAAUACCUUGAAGUCUCUCUCUAUUGAUAUUGGUGCAGAAGUAAAAUACCAAGAUCGAUUGUUAAGAGAUAUGGAUCAUGAUUUCGAAACAACUGGAGGAUUUUUAAGUAACACACUUGGUCGAGUUACUAGGCUUAGUAGACAUAGUGGUGGUUAUAACAUGCUAUAUCUAAUUUUAUUUAGUGUUGCAGUAUUUUUUAUUUUGUAUAUAUUUUUAAAACUAAGAUAAGACAUUUUAUUUUA